AUGCCAACACGUAUGGCUACGACGGUCUGCUGCAGUGCGAAAAGGAGACAGUACCCAAGCAACGGGGAUUGCAAGUGGAAUCGUCGCAUGCAACAAGCAACUCUACCGCAUGCCAUCGAACUCGAUACUUCUCGACUUUGCUUUCUAGUCCAAUCAACACUGCCCAUUCUUAUGGUGGCGAAGACGAUGAUGGAGUUGCUGGCGGUGUACCACAAAUUCCACGACGAUCUCAGUGCCCAAGUUGGCGACCAUGUCCUGGAGGGUGCUGGAUCAUACGAUCACUGGAGCAAAUUCAAAGAUUCUCCGGACACCGACCCUGCUAGGUUGUGCUUUUUCUAG